CAUUGCACAGCUGCUGGUGCACUUUAACUGGACUUGGGUGGGGCUGCUGCGAGGAGACCAUGAUUAUGGCCGCUUUGCUGCAAAAGGUUUAUUGAGAGAAUUGCAGGACACCAAAGUAUGUGUAGCGUACCAAGAAAUUAUUCCUCUGCUCUACACUCGCCAGAUGGGACUAAGGAUCAUGAAGGUGAUGCGUAGCUCUACUGCAAAAGUGGUGGUGGUAUUUUUAGGCGAUUUGUUGAUGACACCUUUCAUGAGAGACUACAUGACUCAGAACAUCACUGGAAUCCAGUGGGUGGCGAGUGAAGCCUUGGUCAUGUCAUCAGUCCUUUCAGGGAAAGAGUAUUACCCUUACAUGGGAGGAACCAUUGGGUUUGGCAUCAGAAAAGGUCAUAUCCCCAGACUGGGUGACUUCCUGCAGACAGUAAACCCUAAGAGAUAUCCUGACAAUGUGCUGGUGCGUGAGCUGUGGGAGUCUCUGUAUGGUUGCAGUCCUCUUCCAUCCUCGGUCACCCAGAUGCCGCCUUGCUCAGGGCAGGAGUCUCUGCUGGAACAGCACUCAGCCUACAUGAAUACAUCCAGCCCUAGUAUCACAUAUAAUGUCUAUAAGGCUGUAUAUGCCAUUGCUCAUUCCCUGCACAAGCUCCUUCUCUGUCAGCCAGGGAGGGGGCCUUUCCAGAACAACUCAUGUGCUCAGAGCAACAACAUACACCCUUGGCAGCUUCAACACUACCUCCAGGAAGUUAACUUUCAGAUUGGUGAUGAGGAGGUGGACUUUGAUGCCAAGGGCGACUCUGUACCCUAUUAUGAUAUCAUCAACUGGCAGAGAGGCACAGAAGGAAACAUUGAAUUUGUCAAUGUAGGUUUGUUUAAUGGAACCAAGGCUGUUGGAGAGGAGCUGUUGAUCCAGGAGGACAGGAUAAUGUGGGCAGGACAUCAGAGUGAGGUGCCAGUGUCUGUAUGCAGUGCCAGUUGUCUUCCAGGCUCCCGGAAGGCUGUCCGUCGUGGGGAGCCUAUCUGCUGCUUUGACUGUGUACCAUGUGACAGUGGUAAAAUUAGCAAUCAGACAAACUCAGUAGAUUGUGCAACUUGUCCUGAGGACUUCUGGUCAAACAACGACAGAACAGCCUGCAUCUCCAAGAAAGUGGAGUACUUGACCUUUGAUUCAUUGGGAAUAGCCCUGACAGUGAUGUCUGUGGUGGGCGCCUGCUUCACUCUGGCUGUCUGUGGAGUCUUCUUCUGUUACAGACACACAGCCAUCGUCCGUGUGAAUAACUCUGAGCUCAGUUUCUUUAUACUGUUUGCACUGACUCUAUGUUUCCUGUGUUGUCUACUUUUCAUUGGAAAGCCAACAUAUUGGUCCUGCAUGCUGCGCCACACAGCCUUUAGCAUCACAUUUUCACUGUGUAUUUCCUGCAUCCUGGGGAAGACCCUGGUGGUACUGGCUGCAUUCACUGCCACCAGGCCAGGUCACAACAUCAUGAAGUGGCUGGGGCCUAAGCAGCAGAGGACCAUUAUCUCCAGCUGUACUCUGGUUCAGGUGGUUAUCUGUGCUGCCUGGCUCAUUGAUUCUCCCCCGUUUCCAUCCAGAAAUACACAAUAUGAACAUUCAAAGAUCAUACUGGAGUGUAGUGUGGGCUCUAGCCUGGCUUUCUGGUGUGUUCUUGGAUAUAUUGGAUUACAGGCCUGUCUGUGCUUUGUAUUGGCUUUUCUGGCUCGAAAGUUGCCAGGAAACUUCAACGAGGCCAAGUUCAUCACAUUCAGCAUGCUGAUUUUCUGUGCUGUGUGGCUAGCAUUCAUCCCUGCUUAUAUCAGCUCCCCUGGAAAUUAUGCAGAUGCAGUCGAGUCAUUUGCCAUCUUGGCCUCCAGCUUUGGCUUAUUGUUCUGCCUGUUUGCUCCAAAGAGUUACAUUAUUUUACUGAAGCCUGAAAAGAAUACAAAACAGCACCUGAUGGGGAAAGAAAAGAAAUGAUGAAACACAAAUGAACUUAAAGAUAUUGAAUCAGUAGCAAAUGGACUUGUCGAUUUCUUCCAGUUGCUUAUGGAUAACUAACCAUUUAAAAAUGUUUGUUAGUCAAUGUUGUUUUGAUAUUGACAUUUCUUUACAGACAUGUAAUUGGUGUGUCGGAGCAUGGAAAAGACGAAACAAUAAAUUUGAAAGAUGUCAAGAAGGUUUACAUAACAUGGAACCUUCACAGGAUGCUUACAGAAAACCAGGGAUUACAAUAUGUGUGACCAAAUAACAUUGAAAUACUGGUUCUUGGUCAUUUCCAUGGUAGAUCAUAAACUUGGGUAGACUACAACAAAAUAAAUAAUGCAGUGAUAUUUCCACCUUUGGCAAAGUCUUCAUCAUAGCUGCUGAAUAUUUGUAUCAGCUCUCACCAGUGACAGGAAAGCCUCUUACACAGAAUAAACAAAGACCAACUUAUGGGGAAAUACUUUGUAUCACAUAGAGUUGACAGAAAUACUGCAACAAGAAGAUCAGUACUCACAUCAACUAACUCACAUGUAUUAGAGAUAACAAGGCAAUCAGAGAUGGCAGACUUCACC